CUGGAGGACAAGUCCUUAUCCGUGAACGGUCUGCUGAUCCUUGCCAUACUGAUCGGCGGCGCGGGCUUCUCGGCCGCAUAUGCCCACACCACCGUAUCGGUGGAACAGUAUGAUAUCGAGGUUGGAUGGGGCAUCGAGCCGCCGGUGGUGGGACUCAAGAACGACAUCGUCUUUGGGAUAAGCGUGCCCGGUGAGGUGGAGGGCGCCAAAACCGGCGUGCAGAGCGCGUUUCAGAAUCUGGAGGCCACAGUCAAGUUUGGGGGGCUGAGCAAGGAGCUGGACAUCAAUGCAGACACCAGGGCAGGCCACUACCGCUCCCCCAUAAUUCCGACCAAGACGGGCUCGAUGACGGUAAACGUCGCAGGAGAGAUCAACGGCGUGCCAGUCGAUGUCGACAUACCCAUAGAGGAUGUGGAGACCACCGCAGUCCUGGACUUUCCGCCCAGAUCAUCCGCAGGGGACGGGGACAUAGCGUCGCUCAAGGCGGCAAUGUCUGCGCUGCAAAGGGAUCUGGAGUCCGGAACCGCCACCGGCCAGGAUGCGGGACCGGCGUACGACUUUGCCGUAUUUGGGAUGUCCCUUGGGGCGGCAGGCGUAGUACUGGCAGUGGUUGCCAUGCUCAAAAAAAGAAAAUAA